AUGCACAUAAAUAAGACACAAGGCACAAGUGAGAUGAAGAUGAUCAAACUGACACAACAAUUACUCUGGGGGUUCAUUUUGCUCUGCACAGUAAACCUCAGCAUCCAGCAAGUGUCCAGUGGCAACCAAAGCUCUCGAGGACAGAGAGGGUCAUCACAGGAGAGGACGGGGACGUGUGAAGUGGUUGCGGCUCAUCGCUGCUGCAAUAAGAAUAAGAUUGAAGAGCGCUCUCAGACAGUCAAGUGUUCUUGCUUCCCCGGACAGGUAGCUGGGACAACAAGGGCACUGCCCUCUUGUGUUGAAGCCUCCAUUGUGCUUCAGAAAUGGUGGUGUAAAAUGGAGCCGUGUCUGCAGGGGGAGGAGUGUCGAGUCCUCCCUGACCUUACUGGUUGGUCAUGCAUCUCUGGGAACAAAGUGAAGACCACGAAGAUUUCUUGGAUUAGUGAACGAGUAACACCACCGUUAAGCUCAUGCAGAGGCGGGCCAGACAGAGACCUUCCCAACAUGUGCUCUAAAAGUGCCUUGUUGUAA